AUGGGUCUUUUCAGUACUACUAAGGAGCCUGAACCAGUCCAACAGGACGUCGCUCCAAGAAGGUCGUCAACCAUGAACUCAAGAACAUCUAGUCGAAGUCCUCGACGACAUGGAAGUAUCUUUAGCCGACAUCGCGAUCGAGAUUCAUCACCCGACAGCAUCGGUACAAACAGAACGGGCUCCACUCGUGCUUCGGGGUCUGGUUUUUUUAAUCGGGGUCAUGGGAAUGAGGAUCCUUCCAUCUCCGGCGCCCGUCAAAGAGUGAUUGAUGCUGAAGUUGCGGAAAGAGACGCCGACAGAGCACUUAUGGCUGCAAAGUCUGCCGUAAAAGAUGCUAGGGAUCAUGUUAAGUCUCUCGAAUUGGAGGCUAAGGAACAGGCCCGAUUGGCGAAAUUGAAGCAGAGAGCUGCCGGAGAUAUUUCAAAGAGAGCCAGACCAUUGGGAAAGCAUGAUCGUAUCUUGUAG